AUGGCUCUUCUGAUUCUCACCUCAAUUUUAAUACUUUUGGUAUCUUUUAUCAUUUAUAUUCUUUUUGCAAGAAGGGAACAAUUCAAACUUCGUGAGAAAAUUGGAUUAACUGGACCAGAACCUCAUUGGUUUAUGGGAAAUUUGAAGCAGAUCGUUGACCGGAAAGAAAAACUAGGAUAUGAUGAUUCAAAUAAAUGGUUCAACGAGCUUCAUAAGCAAUAUGGGGAGACUUUUGGAAUCUAUUUUGGCGCGCAGAUGAAUAUUGUUCUAUCAAACGAAGAAGAUAUUAAAGAAGUUUUUAUUAAGAAUUUCUCAAACUUUUCCGAUCGAAUUGUGCCACCAAUUUUCGAUUCUAACCAACUAAACCAGUCUCUGCUCCAAAACACGUAUGCGACUGGCUGGAAACAUACUCGAUCAGCAAUUGCUCCGAUUUUCUCAACGGGAAAAAUGAAGGCAAUGCAGGAAACAAUUCAUUCGAAAGUGGAUCUUUUCUUGGAUAUUUUGAGAGAAAAAGCCAGCUCCGGACAGAAAUGGGAUAUUUAUGAAGACUUCCAAGGUCUAACUCUAGAUGUGAUUGGAAAGUGUGCAUUUGCAAUUGACAGUAACUGCCAGAGAGAUCGAAAUGAUGUAUUCUAUGUGAACGCUAGAAAAUUUAUUGCAAAUAUUGAUAUUCGACACAGUAAAGUCAUUGCAGCCUCAUUUAUUCUUCCGGAACUUGCACCUUUGUGGAGAGCACUCUACAAGUAUACACCGUUGGCAGAUGCAGAAAUUCCACUUGUUGAGGGAUUGUCUAAUGUUUACGAAAGACGCCGCGGAGGAGAAGGAUCUGACAGUGUGGACCUGUUAAAACUACUGCUAAAUCGAGAAGAUGACAAAUCAAAACCAAUGACAAAACAAGAAGUAAUUGAAAAUUGUUUUGCAUUUCUAUUGGCUGGUUAUGAAACAACAAGUACUGCAAUGACAUAUUGUUCAUAUCUCUUAUCAAAAUAUCCAAAUGUUCAACAGAAAUUAUAUGAAGAAAUUAUGGAAGCAAAAGAGAAUGGGGGAUUGACUUAUGAUUCAAUACAUAAUAUGAAAUAUUUGGAUUAUGUUUAUAAAGAAACUCUGAGAUGUUAUCCACCGGUUAUUCAUUUCAUCAAUAGACGCUGCCUCGCAGACAUUACGAUUCGCGGACAAUUUUAUCCAAAAGGAUCAGUAGUCACAUGCUUACCUCACACAGUUCAUCUCAACCCAGAAAAUUGGGAUUCCCCCGAAGAAUUCCAUCCGGAAAGAUUUGAGAAUUGGGAAGAAAAGAGUAGCUCAUUGAAAUGGAUUCCAUUUGGUGUUGGACCAAGAUAUUGUGUUGGAAUGAGAUUUGCUGAAAUGGAAUUUAAAACCACAAUUGUCAAGUUACUGGAUACUUUUGAACUGAAACAAUUCAAAGGAGAAGCUGAUUUGAUUCCAGAUUGUAAUGGAGUAAUUAUGAGACCAAAGGAUCCUGUCAGAUUGCUUUUGAAACCGAGAAACUGAUUAUAAUAAUUAUGCAAUAUUUUGUUUCAAUUUCCCAAUGUAUAAAAUAUCAUAUUUUCUC